AUGGAUAUAGACAUCUAUUUGCAGGAUUUCGAACGACAAUGUGCAUUGGAAAACCUGAAGAGAGAUAGCUGGGCUGCAAUAUUGAGCAGUAAGCUAUCAGGUCGAGCAGCGGAAGCCUACAGAGUGGUGCCAGAUGAAGAGGUCAAGAACUAUGACAAGGACUCAGAUGAAGUGGGCCAUUGUUGCAGAGUAAGAAAAUGGACACCACUAAGGGAUAUUGGAACAAUGGCAUGGAUGAUUACAUUGAGUGAUGCCCUACAUAACUUAAUUGAUGGACUUGCUAUUGGAGCUUCAUUUACCCAGUCCCCUUUGCAGGGGCUGAGCACAUCUAUUGCGAUUCUGUGUGAGGAGUUUCCGCAUGAAUUUGGUGAUUUUGCCAUCUUGAUAAGUUCCGGGAUGAGUAUUCCUCAGGCGCUAUUCUUCAAUUUUACAUCAGCUUGCUCAUGUUACAUUGGACUGAUUAUUGGGAUUCUAGUGGGCAAUAACUUUGAACCUAAUAUUAUCUUUGGAAUAGCUGGAGGAAUGUUUCUGUACAUAGGACUCGCUGAUAUGUUUCCUGAAUUGAAUGACAUGCUCAAAGACAAGAUAAAAGGGAGAAAAACAGAUAUGGUGUAUUUUCUGGUUCAGAAUGCUGGUCUGUUGUCUGGAUUUGCCAUCAUUCUAUUAAUAACUCUGUAUGCAGGAGAAAUUAAACUGGCAUAAUAUGGAUUGCCGUAAUGGCUAGGAAUACACAGAAAGAUACAAAGAUACUUCAAUGACUUUUACCUUCUCUUCUUUCAUACUUCAAGAAGUGAUGAUGAAUGAUCAAUGUUUAUGCAGACUUGGAUUACAAAAUACAAAGAAAGAAUUCAAAAACUUUGCAUUUGGAUUCAAGGCAUGAAUAACAAACUGUUGCUUCUUUAAGAGAAGCAAAUAUUUGUAUGUAUAUUUAUUGAAUGCACCAGGCAUUACCUGUACAGUGUUAUAGUGAGCCAACGGUGUUACAAUACAUGACACGCAUACAAUACUGGCAUCUCUUGCCCCUUCAUGAAUGUGAUUUUGGAGAAAAAAUAUCUAAUAAUGUGCUCACAUCCAAAUCACAUCCACUUGAUUUUUCCGUUUUUUUCUUUUUUACUUAUUGGUAUGUAGAGUACUUUGAUCAAUACUUACAUUUUCUGCCUUUUGUUUCCAACUUUUGUAUUUUUUUUUAUCCUUAGCUGCACUUUAAAGCCAUAGAAUUAAUGAAGGACUAUGGGAUAUCUGUCAAUGCGCAAAACUAAAUAAUACGUACAACAUCAAAAGAGUAUUUUUAUACAUGUUUAAAUGCAAGCAAGCCAAAUAUUAAAAUGUAUCAUUUCCCAAAGUGUUUCAUUUUUAUUGUAUAUUG